AUGAAGGCGACUAAGAUACUUGGGUUGGUUGCGAUAGCAUGGCAAGGCCUUUUUGCUUCGGCCUACGGUCACUGCUCCCAUUCAGCGGCAUGUUGUCAACGUCUCAGCAGGGCAGCUGGGCUUUCUGGCAAAGUUUACUCCCCGGACUCAGUCAGCUACGCCGACCGCAUGAGCACGUACUGGUCCGUCAGUGCUGCCCUAUUACCGUGGUGCGUUAUUCAGCCAUCUAACGCUGAAGAUGUCUCCGUCACGAUCACAACAUUGGCUUCUCACAACUGUUCGUUCGGUGUUCGAGGUGGCGGACAUGGCUCAUUUGCCGGCUCAAACAGCGUCGAGAACGGCGUAACCAUCGACUUUGGCAACAUGAACUCUACCACUUACGACCCCGAUACUAAGCUCGCAUCUAUCCAGCCAGGAGCCCACUGGCAGACUGUUUACGACACCCUUGCCCCCCACGGAGUAGCUGUUACCGGCGGUCGUGCUGGGACCGUCGGUGUCGGUGGCUUCAUCACUGGCGGCGGAAACUCAUUCCACUCCGCCUCCCACGGUUUUGCUUGCGACCAAGUCGCGAACUUUGAGGUGGUCCUGGCGAAUGGCUCGAUUGUCAACGCCAAUGCCACGUCGAACUCCGACUUGUUUCAAAGCUUGAAAGGGAGCGGUGCCAAUCUCGGUCUCGUGACGCGAUUUGACAUGUAUGUCAUCGAGUUCCCCGACAAGAAAAACCCCGUCGUUUGGGGUGGAAAUCUCGUUUACAACUUGACCGCCGGCACCGAGGUCAUAAAUGCCCUGGUUGACUUCACUGAGAACGUUCACAAGGAUGAAAACAGUUCCUCCAUUGUCUACUGGGCCUAUAUUCCUAACUUGGGAGGCACGAUACUGAACGCUGCUAUCGAGAACACUGUUGGUAAAGUGAAACCUGCGGCAUUCGAUCAAUACUAUGCCACGGGGAAUAUCAUCCAGGACACUACCAAGGUUGACCGACUGUCGACUGUGGCCAACGAGCUCGGCUCCGGCCAGCCUGCUGGUUUCCGCAACGUGUGGUUCACUUUGGCAUUCGAUAACGACGCCCGCGUGAUGAAUUACGCUGUGGAACAGUUUGAUAUCCUCAAUAAGAACCUCGAAUAUGCCGUUGGCGUGGACUCGGGCUUCAACACUCUUUGCAUGUUCCAGCCUAUCUCUAAGUCUAUGGUGGAUAAGGGCGUCGCGAUGGGGGGUAACGUCAUGGGAUUGGACUACUAUAUCACGCGGGGCAACGGCAUCAUGUUCCUCGUUACGCUUGCUAUCAAUGGUGCUGAUAAUGAGGCCAUCGCAUUCGACUUCAUACAAGCCUACACGGACGACGUCUACCAUUACGCAGCGUCCUUGGAUCUGGCCUGGAAGUGGAAGUAUCUGAAUUAUGCCCACAAGGUGCAGGACGUCAUCGCCACGUUUGGUGAGGCAGCCAUUGGGAAGCUUCAGGCCGCAUCCACCAAGUACGACCCAACUGGCGUUUUUCAGAAGCUACGUCUCUCGGGCUUUAAGAUCCCUGGUUAG